AUGGCAUGUCGAACCAAAAAGGAGUGUGGUAUAAAUGGUUGUCGAAUAUACCACAAUAACCUUCUGCACUCAGCAAACGGUUCGGGAAAAGCGGAUACAACGAGCGGAGCAGGGAAUACGAAUAUUGUUGUACAUCAAAAUUUACACAGUUCGAUGUCAUAUUCGUUAUUCCGAUAUUUGCCGGUCACUAUACACGGGAAUGGCAAGCAAGUCAGUACCUAUGCGUUCCUGGAUGACGGGUCUAGUUCUACUCUUCUUGAACGCAAUAUUGCGUCGUCGUUAGGUAUCAAGGGUCCAACUGACGGCUUCUGUUUGAGUUGGACUGGAAAUAUCUCGAGGGAAGAAAAGGAAUCUCAGCGUAUUAGCGUGGUUAUCUGCGGCAAUAGCAAGAAGUUUAAACUCCACAAUGUGAGAACAGUUCAGCAGCUGCAGUUACCUGCGCAAACGAUGUGCUACGACAAUCUAGCACGUAGCUAUCAACACCUAAAGGGUCUUCCGGUUCAAAGUUACACGGAUGCGACUCCAGGUAUCAUCAUUGGCAUCGAACAUAUUCGGCUACUAACUGCGUUGCGAACGCGCGAGGGAAGAGAUAACGAACCAGUAGCUACAAAAACGCGUCUGGGUUGGUGUAUCUUCGGGAAAAACGACAAGAGCGGCAAUUCGAUAGUGCAGUUGAAUUUACAUCUAACAGAAAAGAUGAAAAAUCAUGAGCUGCAUCAAUGGAUGAAACAAUUCUUCGCAGUUGAAGAGUCCAGCGUGACAGUUAAACCUGAAGCUGAAGAAGACAAGCGAGUACGACAGAUUAUGGAAGCUACAAUCCGGCGCGUGGACGGUGCCUUCGAGAUAGGGCUGUUAUGGAAGUAUGACCAGUUCUGCUUUCCGGACAGCUACCCGAUGGCACUUCGGCGAUUGAAAGCGUUGGAAAGAAGGUUAAGUAAGGACCCGAUUCUCGGACAACGGGUGAAAGAGCAGAUUGUAGAGUACGAAUCGAAGGGAUACGCCCAUCGUAUUACGCCAAACGAACUGCGAUCUACUGACCCGACAAAGGUCUGGUACUUACCGUUGGGAAUAGUACAGAACCCGAAAAAACCUAGCAAGCUACGGCUGAUAUGGGACGCUAAAGCACGUGUGGCAGGCGUAUCAUUCAACGACAUGCUGUUAAAAGGUCCGGAUCUUCUAGUGGAUCUGAUAUCGGUACUGCUGCGAUUCAGGCAAGGAAACAUAGCAAUGGUGGGAGACAUAAAAGAGAUGUUCCAUCAGAUCAGGAUACGAGAUGAAGACAAGCAGUUACAACGGUUCAUUUUUCGGCUGCAUCCAGAAUUAGAACCCCAAAUUUUCGUCAUGGAUGUGGCCACCUUCGGAGCAACCUGCUCGCCAAGUCUAGCGCAGUUUGUAAAAAACAGAAACGCAACGGAGUUUGCUGAUUCCUUUCCGAGAGCGGCAAGAGCUAUCACCGAGAACCACUACGUGGAUGACUUUCUGGACAGUGUAGACACGGAAGAGGAAGCUGUCCGAUUAAUCACCGAAGUGAAAUACGUCCAUUCGCAAGCAGGUUUCGAAAUUCGUAACUUCGCCUCAAAUUCAGUCCGAGUCUUAGAAAAAAUCGGAGAGCCGGAGGCACGUCAGCAAAUAUCCAUGAAGCUGGACAAAUCGCUUGAUUCGGAACGGGUGCUAGGUUUGAUCUGGAAACCAACAGAGGAUGUCUUCUGCUUUGACCUGAACAGCAUGAAGGAAGAAAUUAAAGCACUAAUCGAAAGUGGAAGUACGCCAACUAAACGCCAAGUCUUGCGAACUGUAAUGUCACUCUUCGACCCACUAGGACUGAUUGCACACUUCGUCGUACAUGGGAAAAUUCUCAUGCAGCAGAUAUGGAGAAGUGGAACAGACUGGGAUGAUCUGAUCACAGAAGAAUUGCAUGGUAAGUGGAGGCAUUGGUGUCAGAACAUGCAGCAUCUAGAUGCAGUGAGGGUGCCUCGUUGUUUCUUCAAGGGGGUCAACAUUUCCGCUCUCAAAGAUGUAGAAGCCCAUCUAUUCGUGGACGCCAGCGAAGUGGCCUGUGCGGCUGCCUUAUAUUUUCGACUCAUCGAUAACGGUAGACCCAGAUGUGUUCUAGUAGCUGCAAAAACGAAGGUCGCUCCGUUGAAACCACUAUCCAUCCCGCGUCUAGAGCUACAAGCGGCGAUAAUCGGAACAAGGUUGAUGGGCUCAGUGUUGAGCUCCCUGGAUAUCCAGAUAACUGAACGAUACAGAUUCAACAACCGUUCUGUACUGGCUACGAUCUGA